GGCAUAUUUUUUGUUUUGAUUCAGAAGUUCAGAAGCAAUUUUAGCUUCGGAAAUUAACACAUUAACGGGAAAAUACAAUUGCAUUUCGAGAUAUAAUCCAUCAUAAGCGGGAAAAUAGUAACUGAGUGUGACUGGAUUCGAUUGGAUUGUGGAAAUUAAAAAUCAGGACUUCCACGGAGCUGCAAAUUAACGACUUGUCAUUGUUUAUUCGGCACACAAGCGGAAGGACGACAAACAAACAGACAAUAUACGUAUAUAUAUACCUAUAUCUUCAAAGAAAAACUCAAAAUGUCGGAACAAGAACAGAAUAAAAAAUUAGGAGAAUUAACAGCAGAAGAGAUGCGAGCGAGACGACUACGCACUUUGGCUAAAUCAACAAAUAAUGCCACAUCUGCUGGUGCAGCGGAAUGUGGCAGCGGUGUCGCCAAUCUGCCUCUUCCCUCGAACAACAACAACAAAACCGAAGUAAGCGGUGUUCAACGUCCAGCCACCAACGUUUCGAGUUCUUCCCGCUUGGUGAAAGCUGUAAACCCGACUGGUUCACCCACAACUGUUAGUAAUCAGGAGAGCAUUGUACUGCCUGUCGUCGAUCAAGAUGAACAAAAAAUGGAUGUUGACGUGGAAAUGAAAUCGGUCAACACAACACCAAUUAAAUCACAACCCACACUACUCUCCCCUACGGUGGUAGGAGCGUCUGUGGAACAAAUGUCUGCAUCGAGCAAAGUGAAAUGUCAAUUGGCUCUGAAAGAUCCCGAUUCAAGUAUUGAAAAGAUGGAAACUUUAGAACAAAUGUCGCCAGCUGGGACACCACAGAAAGAUCAAACUACCACCAAUCCUUUGGAUGGCCUUCAGAAGGGUUCAAAAUCUACAGAAGAGCGUAUGGAGAUUAUGCUCUCCAAAAUAUUGAAUGCAACAUGGAAUGAAUAUUGCACUGGAUCAAUGAUUUGUCCACAAACAGCCAGUUUCCUCGAAAAGCACAUGGAACUACGAUUCGAUUUCGAUUGGCUAAGUAGCAACGUGCUGAUGGAGAGUGUUCUAAGGCUGUACAACGACGAAGAUGUCAUUGAAGAUGGCGGCGAUGCAAAUAUCGACGAGGAGAUGAAAAGUGAGGUCGGCGCAAAAGGAGGUGCUGAUUCAGCCCCGAAAAAAGAUAGCACCCCUACAUAUUCGACGCCGAAGAAGAUUAAAAGCGACGAUUCAGAAGUGCAGGAAAUUUUGGCCAAUGUAAUCGAUGAUCAGCCCUCAACAUCCAGAGGCUUACAGAGUGGUAUAAAUGGUUCGGAAUUCAUUGGCACUUGCCCAACACCAUCGUCCAAUAUCUUCACGCCAAUGACAUUGGCCAAGCAUAAAGUUUUGUUACAUUUGAUACAGUGCCACAAAAAUCACCGCCACAUUAACGAGAGAUUUAUUGCCAACCUGGUACAGGAACAGCCUGCAGAUGCAGAGAAGGUACAAAACAUGCUAAAGGCAGUCCACAAGCAGAUAUUUCGCAUGACAAUCUUAGUGCUUACCGAUCGCAUUCACGAAAAUCUUAAUUAUGCCUUGGACCAAUCCACCCUGCUGGAGCUGUACUAUCAGUUACGUGUGCCCGAGGAGUUCCUGUUUGAUCUGGUAGCCGAGGUCUAUGAACGAAAGCAAGACUUUGAAUUCAUUUUUAGCCAAAUGUUAAGGGACUUAUUUAUGGGCAUGCAACGCAAUAUAUGUUCGCCAACCAUCAUUACCCAUCACAUGGACUUACUGUCCAAAUUAAUGUCGGUUAAAAUUGGCACGGCCAGGCCCCUGUGUGAUCUGUUGGCUAGCCAGACGAACUUCUUACCUCCUCUGUGUACCCAGAUUCCGGGUAGAGAAAUAGUCAAAUGUAGCUAUUUAGGGCCGUUUUUGUCGGUGUCAUUCUUUGCUGAAGAAAAUGUUCGUUUUGCCGAAGCCCAUGGCAAUGUAGACACAUUGGCGCUUAAUUCGGGCAAAUUCCAGUGGCAAUUGUUUACAAUGCGUCAACUUAUGUAUUCAGUUUUCCAUUCCCUACUUGUCAAUGUCAAUACUCGGCCAAAGACUCUGGACUAUAUAUCGCAAAUAUUGCGCCACAACGAACGACGUGUGCAAUUUGCCAGCGAUGAGAAAUUAUUGGCACGCGACGGCUUUGCCAUUAACCUCAUGUGCGUUUUACAACAACUUUCGGUUAAAAUCAAACUAGAUCGUAUCGAUCCGCAAUAUCCUUUUUAUAAGAACGCAUUAAUCUAUAUCGAACAAGAUACAAAAUUACGCUUCACCGAAGAAGAAUAUAAACAGUUCCUGGAUCAACAUUUUACUGCCACCAACACGGAAACGCCGGAAAAGCAACCCAAUUUCCAAACUCAGUGUUGGUUCUUAACACUGCAAGCCCACCACUUGGGCUUUAUGCCAGCCAUACAGAGGUACCGACAAAAGUGUAGGGCCAUCAAGGAGUUGCAGAAGUUAAUCGAAGAGAUAGACCGAACCACGUCUCAUUGGGAGGCCACCCCGUUUGCCUCGCGCAACAAACAGUUUAGGGACCGUUGGCAAAAACAGUUGAAGAAAUUGUUGCGAUCGAAAAUGUGCAGCGAGGUGUGUCUUUUGGAUCCCAAGCUGUUGAAUUCAUGCCUGUUCUUUUACUCCACUGUGUGCGAGUACCUCUUGUAUCAAAUGGAGGGACGUCAAAUUGAAGGGCCAUUCAUGUCAACAAUGCCUCCACAACAAUUGAAACCGACUGAUGCAUUCUCUGCACUGCCCGAAUGGUAUAUCGACGAUAUAGCCGAGUUCAUUUUGUUCGCUAUGCAGCAUGCUCAAAAUGACAUCCGCAACGCUAUAGAUCAUUCGAUUUUAACCUGGUUGCUGACCAGCGUGUGUGCUCCUCACAUGAUUAAAAAUCCCUAUGUCACUGCCAAACUGGUCGAAGUUUUGUUUGUGUUCUCCUUGGGUCCGGCAGAUAAUGUUUUAAAUAGAAUGAUAUGGCACCAUGAAUUGGCACAAACCGUUUUAUGCAGUUCAUUGAUGAAAUUUUAUGUAGAUAUUGAGACGACCGGCCAAAGUACAGAGUUCUAUGACAAAUUCACAAUAAGAUAUCACAUAAGCCAUCUGUUCAAGUCGAUGUGGGAAAGACCUGUUCACCGUCAGGUCAUGAUCAACGAAUCGAACAAUGGCAAACAGUUUGUUAAGUUUAUCAAUAUGCUAAUGAAUGAUACCACAUUCCUGUUGGAUGAAUGCUUAGAAAAUCUCAAACGUAUACAUCAGACUCAGAUUAUGAUGGCAAAUGAUUCUGCCUGGUCUAGUUUGGGUGCGGAACAACAGCAAGCUCGCCUUUCACAAUUGGCAACAGAUGAACGACAAUGUCGUUCCUAUUUGACACUGGCCAGAGAGACGGUUGAAAUGUUCCACUAUCUCACUGAUGAUAUCAAGGAACCAUUUAUGCGUGACGAAUUGGUUGACCGCCUUAGUUCAAUGUUAAACUUCAAUCUACACCAACUAUGCGGCCCGAAAUGUAAUGACUUGAAAGUCCGGAAUCCCACAAAGUAUGGCUGGGAACCCAGACGUCUGUUGGGUCAAAUUUUCGAUAUUUAUCUGCAUCUAGACUGUGAUAGAUUUGCCCAAGCUUUGGCAGCCGACGAAAGAUCAUUUCAGAAGCACUUAUUUGAUGACGCCGCCAAUCGUAUUGAACGUCUGAGUAUACGAUCUGCUAUUGAAGUGGAGAAAUUUAGAGCAUUGAUAUCUAAAGCGCAUGAUAUCUAUGUGGCCAAUCAACAGUCUGAAGAUGAGUGCGCAAAUGCUCCUGAUGAGUUUAAGGACCCUCUAAUGGACACCCUAAUGUCAGACCCGGUCGUCCUUCCAUCUGGCACAAUUAUGGACCGUGCAAUUAUAACACGCCACUUGUUGAACAGCAACACCGAUCCCUUUAAUCGACAGCCUCUAACGGAGGACAUGCUCGUUCCAAAUAUUGAAUUAAAGGAACGCAUCGAUGCCUGGCGCAAAGAACAACGCUACAAAAGGCAACAGCAGAGUAAUUUAGAUUUAAACGACAAGAGCUCUUAUGUCAACGAACCUGGAUUUCAGGCAGCAUCAGCCAUGACAGCAGCAAUGGCCUCCAUCGAUUCCAUUGAUUCGGAAACUUCCGAUGCUGCUGGACAAUAUCCAAUGGAGGAAUGUGUAUUUCUCGAUCCCGAAGUUCAACGGAUAAUGCGGUCCAACAAUGAAGAUACCAGCGAGUACCCAAAAUAUGGUUGGGUAGACAUUACACAAGACUUCAAAUCGGCAUGCUCCGAGCUGAAUUUGGGCGAAUUGGCACAGGACAUGCUCUUUGGUUUGUUCGAAGCAAUGUCGGCCAUAGAAAUGAUGGACCCUAAAAUGGAUGUCGGCAUGGGGUAUAACAAGAACGAUGCCGCUCCACACACAUUUGAAUCGGCAGUUGAGGCAGGAGUACUAAAACUCAACAACUUAACCAACGAGGAGUUGAUUGGCGUCUUCGAUGCUCUGUUUUCGUGCAUCGUUUCCUGGUUAGAGGGCAAUUCAAUGGACCAAGUUCUGUUCACCUGUUUGUAUUUGCAUGCCCCUGCGAAGAUUGAAGACAAAGCUUUGAAGGCAUUUGCGCACGCUGUUAGAAAUUUGAUUAUCAUUGUGAAGAACAUCAUCAUAUCGAGCAGCGUCAACGAGGAGGAAGACUUUCAGUUGUACGGAAAUUCCUCGCUUUUGGCCCCAGAAGACUCCUCCCAUGUUGCCUCUAUACCCACUAUGCUUAAAGAAGCAGAAGACGAACUGGUGAGGCAGAGCAAAAACUCCAGUCAGCCAGAGGACAUAAUGGCUGUGGUACACCGUUUACGUUUCAUGCGACACUUUUACCAGGCCAUAUAUAGUUUUGAUUGUGCCAUGAAGUCGGUGGUGGAUGAACCAACCAUUAAUGAUAUCUACAAGCACUUGAAUGCCUCCCUUGAACUGACCCCGCAAAUUAGAAAGACCAUUGACAUGGGAACCCAACCAAAGGCUGGAUCUGAUUGCCCGAAUCCGCUGGGAUUUUCCCCACGGGUCCACGACAGAAGUCAACCACCAACUUUUCCCCGCAGUGUCAAGAUGAGAGACCGCCCGUCCAGUAUUACAUUUCUGGAAGAAUUGGUUCAUCGGCUGAAAUAUGCCUGCAAAAUUAUACGUAUGCGGGACUACUAUUCGAGUUUGAACUUCUUUAUUGAUUUUAGCCGUAAGUCUGGACAAUGUAUAUUGUCUCGAAGCGUUCUACAGGGGCUGUUCUUAAGCUGCAGGCGUUUAGUAUUUGGUACCAUUGCAUUUAAGGACUUCUUGUGGGACUCGGUGAGAGCUUUCACUUCGCCACCGAUUCUAAACCCCAAAAACCCAUUGGCCACCGAUUGUGAAAUUCAAAUGAACUUAAAUUCGUUCUUUCGCUAUUGUGUCAGCACAUUUACACAAUUCUUAAGAAUUUGCGGUUUUAAUAGUGCCCGCCAACGUGAUAAGCUGGGCAGAUUCAUCGGAAGUUUCGAUCUGAUUCAAGUGGAAGCUGCCCGGCUCGAUUCCUACCUCAGUAUGUUGGCAAAUGAGAAGUUAGCCGAAGGAAAUGAAGCUGCCGCCACAACGCUCAAGUAUAGCGCACAAUUCGCAACGUGGGUACUGUACAACUGCUUCAGGGCCAUGAUGUUAUAUCUGAUGUCGGGAUUCGAAUUGGAACUGUAUUCAGUUCAUGAGUUCAUCUACAUAUACUGGUAUCCAUAUGAGCUUUUGAUUGGUUUUAUUGUUUCGGCGUUAACACGAACGGAAAAUAACCUAUUGGCCCAAGAGGAAUAUGAGCGGGAACAGCAGAACGCAGCCGGAAGCGCGACAAAGAAUCGCAAUAAGCCAAAGCCAAAAAAGAACAAGAAACAACAGAAACCAUACCGACAAGAAAUCUUCUACUAUCAUGCCCUGAUGAGUAUGUGUGGUGGUUUCUACAAGGCAAUGGGUGCCUUGACCAAGGAUGGUCGUAUACGUCAACCUAUGCCUAAGUUCGAUAAUGAGGAGAUUCGUUUUAAUCGUCGUUUCGCACCAUUUGCCAAUUUGACAUCACCCCCUCCGGUUUCAUAUGAAGAGUUCAAGAAUAUACGCGAACAUAUGAUGCGACCCCCGUCAUCUGAGAUUUACGCAAUAGCUGCUAAGCAUUUUGACCGAGCCCGAAAUGCCUUGGAGUCUAUACAAAAUCCAGAGCAAGAGAUACUCGACAUGCUGCAGGUGGCUAAGGUUAAUUAUGUCGUCAUGAAUGUGCUAGCUAAAGGCCAUCAAAAGGACACCAAACGACAGCCGGAAUUCGACUUUUCGAAACAUCGUCAUUUUCCAAUAAUCAAAUUGAAUUAAUAAUCAGUAACGAAAUUAUGAACAGACAUGAUCUUUAUUGCAUAAUAAACUACUAAAUGACUAAA